CCAGUAAGUCGAAGUAACCUUAAGUCCCCAUAGUUGGAUGGAGUGCAUGCUGACUGGCUUGAUCCCUCGUCGCUCAGUCCACCAAUGGUCGCAUCUUCUCACACCCCGUCCGCUGUCGAUCAUCACGACAUUUUGCGGGGUACCGAUCCCUGGCCCUUCACCAUGUGCGACAUAUCGAGAUCUCAAAGUACCCCAGCUGUCUCAUCUAGAUGUCGGAGAUUCUGGCGGAAAGUAGGGCCAAAGAAUCAGCAAUACAAAAAGCAAUUAUAGAUCUGCUCUGCGACCUAACUUUCACCGAUGUUCAAACUCAGUCUCUACUUUCCGAUUUGGAGAGCGCGAGCCGUGUCGUCACAGAUGGCUAGCACGUCAUCCGCAUCAGCUGUUGCCCAUCCGGAACCAACCAUCUUCGCAGAGUCGCAGACAUCAGAGCUUGACGUCCGGACUUGGCCGCCCUCCCCUCCGCUAGGGCUCCAGUCGAGCGCCCCCGGGCGGGGUUUAUUGCCUGAUGACCACUUUCAUCGAUAUGUCAAUAUAAAGGAUCUUCGCACGGACGUCGCAUACCUGCCAUCUGAUUGCACAAAAGCAAGGGGCCUAGCUGCAGGCGCCACAGCUGACGGGAUAGUCCAUUACUUGUUAUAUCCCGCGGGAGCUUAUAGUUGCCGUGUAGCACGCGCAAGCGCGAAUCACGCAACAACAGGGGUCUGCCAGCUGAGCCACCGAGAUUUUGGCCUGAUCAUCUUAAAUAUCAGUGCUGGCACUGACAGGUCAUUUGGCUCUGUCCCCCUUACUUUCCAAAUCGGCUCUUACUGCUCCUAAACCGCACCGAAAUCGGUUGCUUUGAGGACCAGUCUUUCUCACAAUGGGUCGGAAAUUGGGCCUCUUCCGGGCUAUCUAUCUGGUGUCUGCUAGUUGCAUGGGCUCUUUCGCCUUUGCAUUCGACACUGGUGUUAUUAGUACGCUACACUCCAUGGUUAUUCGUUAUAUACAAC